AUGCAGAUUGAUCUACACGGUGAUAUAUCAGGUUUUUUGUCAUCCCAUCCACAAUCUCCAAUAUUCUCCCUCCACCAUUUUGACCAGAUAGAACCUAUCUUUCCCACCAUGAACCGUUCCCAAUCUGCAAACCACCUCAUGAAAGCUGCGAAAACCGACCAGUCCCAUAUGCUGCAACAAACCAUCUGCUACCAAAAACAAACCAACUGGUCUUUUUCCAUUUCAUGGGGCUACUCUGCCCAUAUUUAUGAGAAAGUGUUGCCAAGAAGUGUUUUGAAGAGACCACUUGAGACAUUUUUGCCAUGGUUAGAUCUCAAACACCGACCAUACUACAUGUUCAACACACGGUGGCUGCCUUUUGUUGAUUCGUGUGAAGCUCCUCAUGUAUUGUUCUUCGAAUCCAUUGAUAGUUCCAUUGAUAGUUUUGAAGGGCACAACCAAAUUGUUAUGACUUAUGUUCGAUCCAAGCCACGGGGUUUACCAACUUAUUCAUUGAGUGGGAGUCGUUCUGCUGAUUCUAUCUUCAAAGUUCGGGUCUUCUCGCUGGCGACAAAGCUCCCUGAGAUUGGAAGAAGUGAAUGUUGUGACGUUGUAGAAGUGGGUGAGAAGAACAUAACCGAGAUCAAAAUCAGGACUUGUAGGGAUGAUGAGAUAAUUGCUUAA